AUGAAGGGGUGUUCGAUCAAUCUGUACGAGAACGCUUCCGACGUUGGGACUCAAUUAUUGAGGAAGGUCCUUGACGGUUGUUCGGUGCGAACCCUGGUGGCCGGGCGCAAGCUAGGAACCAUUUUACUGGGGUGCUUCGUAGCGCCGAAGCAAUGGCCGGAUUAUACUACUGCUAAUGCUAUUGUUAGUGACCAAAUCCAGCCAGCUUCGGUGAAUUGGUGCUUAGAACAGUUUGAGAAACAUCCUGAGCUUCCGGUGCCGUCCGUCGUCUUGGCUGGGACGGAAGCUGUGAAUCAGGACUGCAAGAUUGUUAGUGGAAUUUUGAGCAACAUAAUUUUAGAGACGUUGGAGGAAGGACGGCGCGCUCAGUGA